GAUGUGAUAACUGAAACGUCUUUUCUGAGAGUGGAUAAAACAAAUUGCUGCAUGUUUUUUUGCAGUUUUUCGAAGGAAGGAGCCUAAUUUAUAAAGAUAUAUUUUUUUGAGUUCCAAAAUGGGUAAAGCCGAAGUUAAUCAGGAAAUUAUCCUGAUGAGACCAAUCGUUCGAAAGGCUCGAGUUCGCAUCAUCCGAAGUUUGAUCAGGGAAAUAAAUAUACUCAAAGUAAAACGUGGAGAUGAGAAGAAAUUAAUAAAGUUUAAAAGAAGAGCCAAUAGAUUUCGGGAAGAAGUUGAAGCUGCAAAGAAGAUUAAAGAUGAUGAAGUAUCCGACUUCGGACUUGUCAACACUAGAAGUUUGUAUUCAAUUUUGGAUGAUGUAACUUCUGAUGCCCACACUCGCGUAAUCGCCAAGUUUGCCGAUUUUCCGGAGCUGAAGCAAAGAAUAGCUGAAUUUAAACAAAAGUUCCCUGAUUAUGAACAAUUUCUAGGACCAGGUAAAAAGAAAUUAGCACGUUUGGAGUAUGAAAAAAGAGCAGAAUUCAUAGAAGAAAAGAGACAGAAACAAACGAAGGAGAAGGAGCAGAAGAAGAAACUGAAAGAAGUUAUGGCAAAUUCUUCUGAAAAUAUCACUGAUGACGAGAUAGAAAAUGAAAGUUUAAUAAAAAACGAAGAAGAGAAUAAAGAUGAUGUUGACGAAGAAGAAAAAGCCGAAGAUGAGCAAGAGGAAGAAGAAGACGAAGAUGAGCAAGAAGAAGAAGAAGAAGAGAGUGAAGAUGAUGGAGAAGAUGAAAAUUCGGAAGAAAUGGAGGAAGACAGUGAAAGCGAGUUGCCUCUUAAGCCUAAUUUAAAGUCAAAAAAGAUUCGAGAGUUAAAACCCCAAUCUGAUUCAGAAGAUACGUCUGAAUCAGAAACUGAAGAAAAAGUAACAAAGCAAGUACCAAGGCCCUCAAAAAAAGAAAAAUCAGUGUCAAAGCGCAAAGCUGAAAAAAUAAAAUCUUGUGAACCUGAAUCAGAAGCUGAAGAAGAGGAGCCCGUUAGAAAAAAGUUAAGCAAGAAAGUGUCAGAGUCUUUAAAAGAUUCAAAAAUCAUGAUUAACAAAUUAGCACCAAUAAUUUCUGGUCCUCCGAGGAAAAGAAAAUUAAAUACAAAAGAAAUCAAGACAGUUACUAAGGAAGCAACAGUAAAAAGGUUUUCCGAGUUCCUGCAGGAGGAAGCACAGGAACUUGAGGAGGAAUUUGAACAGAAAAUUCCGGAGAAGAUAAAACGGAAAUCAAAAACUCAGAAAGAGGAAGUGAAGAAGGAAGUCGACAGCUUUUUCAUGACAGCAGAUGGAAGUCACGAAUAUUUAAGAGUCGUCGUUCCGAAAAAGAUUGAAAAUUCAAAUUUACCUACUCACAAUCUAGAUCACGCAAAUCCACAAGAAGGAAGAGAUUUUCUAAGAAAAGGAAGUGAUAAAAACAAUACCAGCUUCACGAACAUGAAUAAAUUCGAAGAGCGACCAAAUAAAUUCCGAGGUGAUAAUACGUGGAAUAAAGACAAUUCGAGUUCCAAAUUUAAAUCGAGAAUGGAGAAAAGGGGAUACGAAAAAAAUAAUCCGCGGGAUAGAAAUAAUGCUUCUUCCAAGUUUGGCCCUAGGGCGGAAAAGGGAAGAGGCAUCGAAGCCAGAAGCGCCGACAAAUUCGGCAACAAAUUUGAAAAGAAGAGUGUGACAUCGGAUGAACAUUUGCAUCCUUCCUGGGCUGCGAAAAAGAAACAACAAAAUGCUUUGAAGUUGGGAUUCCAAGGCAAGAAAAUUGUAUUUCGUGAUUGAAUACAAAAACUAAGUGAGAAAUAAUGUGUAUGUGUUUACAUGUUAGAUUUUGUAAAUAAAUUGAAUUGGUACUGAA